AUGGCGACUGUUGGUGAAGCGCAUCGCGAACAGUUUGCAUCCGGGCAGUCGCUGUAUGAGGGAUGCACGGGUGUGGAGGAGGAUCGAGCCGAGAGGGUUCGGGAGCUGCUUGCGACGGGAGCUGAUGCGAAUUCUAAAACUUUGUUUGAGAAGACGCCGCUGCAUUGGAUUGUUUCUGGUGCAAGACACGAGGAUGCAAACAGGGUUGAUUUUGCUGUUGCAGAGGCUUUGUUUGAGUUUGGAGCAGAUACAUCAUGUUGUGAUGCCAACAGUAUGACAGCUCUUCACAUUGCUGCUGAGAGCAAUAAUUGUGCUAUAGAACUGUUGAAUUUGCUCAUCGAGAAGUCGACCACAGAGACGGUGGAGAAGAGAACACGCAGUGGUGAGACUGCACUGACGAUAUGGCUUCAAAAACAAACAGCUUGCCAAACGACAACCCUUCAACUAUUCUUAGACAAAGGAGUAUUAAUCAAAACAUCCGACCCAGAUAACAUCAAACACCUCCAACGUCUCUUUACCCUCCUGGCAAGACGACCUCGUGCUGAAGUGACAUCUUUGAUCGAAACUCUUGACAAUUGGUCAAGAAAACAACUAAACAAGGAGCAUCGAUCUCUCAUCAUGGAAUUGGCUUUAAUCGCAGCAAUAACAGCAAAGAAGCCUAUAGCAACCAUUGCCAAGGUGCUUCUAAAGUCGGUUGAUGACUUUGAGUUGAUUAAUGAUAUCUCACUCUUGUCGGCUGUAGCCACGAAGAUAGCAGUUAUUCGAGGUCACUGUGAUCCGAUACUGACAUUGACUGGAAUCGGUCAGAUUUGUCAGGCACGAUCGGAAUUGGCUGCGAGGAAACUACGAGACAGCAAGAAUGGAAACCCAUCGGAUGUCGUUGAGGAAAUACAGAGAUUAGAGGCGUUAUCGUGUCGGCUGGAGAAUUUUGCUUGCAACUUGCUGAAUUGCUUUCAACCGGUGUUGUCGAGUAGAGGCAAAGCUGCCGUUUGUCAGGUGUUGAGUAGAGAUGCAGUUGACAUGGCACUGAAGAAUGGAUGGGACAAGUUUCUUCAAAACGAUCACGUGUGGCUCUUGAUUCAACAGUCUUGGUAUGGUAAAACAUGCAUCAACACAAUAAGCUGGACCAACUUGAUUGCCUACACAACCUACUACUCCAUACAAUCAUUACUCCUCCCAUUCAUUCUCCUCUGGUUCUUGCUUCAUCACAAGUUCAACUACAACUACUCCAUUAGCCGCUUACCGUUUCGACCUCAACGAUGCCCUUGUGCUUACUACAUGUCUCGAGCUCUCGGUUAUGUAUCAUUCGUUGCCAUGGUUAUUGCUCUUGUUGCUUCCGGUGGUGCCACAACUUCCUCUCUGACUGCAUUGGAGUCGAUCGUCUUUGUUUAUGUGAUUGGUUUGUUGAGUGAGAAAGUUCACGAGGUCAUUGUGUUCACUGCUCGGCAGGUGUGGUGCAGCUGGAAGAUGUACGGCGACAUCGUCAUGUUGGUACUCUUUGGUGUUUACUUCGUUGCUCGAUUUGUUGGUCAAGAUGUCGACGUUGGAAGGAAACUUGAGUGUACGAGGAUCGCCAAUCAUGCCCUUGGUGUAGCUGUUCUGAUCGCCGUGUUGAGAGUUUUGCCAUUUCUUGUGGUUCAUUCGACUAUCGGACCGAUGCAGUUGUCGUUUGUUAAGAUGGCACCAAAGGCGUUUAGUUUUUUUGUUAUACUGGGUGUGUUCUUGGUUGCGUUUGCUGUCGGUGCGAAGAGCGUGUAUGAGGCGGGCUAUUAUGCGCCUAGUGUACAGGGAAAGGUGUUACCUUCAGCACCAAGCUCUUUCUCUGACUUCCUGUGGGCAAUGCUGGGAUUGGAGAGUAUCGAUUCAUUCACUGCCGUUUCGGAUGUGGAAACGACUGUCGUACGGAUCUUACUCACUCUGUGGCAGACUAUCUCUGUCCUGGUGCUUCUCACCAUGUUGAUUGCUCUGAUUACUCACGCCUUUGAUCAAGUCCAGGAGCACAGAGUUGACCUUUUUCGACAGUCUGUUCUUGCCAAGUUAAGCAUCAUGAGAAAGAAACAAUGGCCAUCACCACUACCCAUUAGUCCAUUCGUGCUUUUUGUGCAGCUUGUGUCUGCUAUUGUAGUUCGGUAUUGUUGGCGACCCUUGAGAUCAGAGUGUAGGGAGAGUGAUGAUGAUGAUGGUGGUGGUGACGAUUCGUUGAAUUGUGACUCUAUUGGAGACAUGGUGAAGGGUUAUGUGGCUUGGAAGAGGAGGGAGAGAAUGGUGAGAAGAGCAAAGGAGGCUGGUGUGGCGAGUUGUUAUUAUCAGCUAGGUCUGUUGCUUGAGAUCAAGCAGUCGCUGGUAGCGAAUGCUGGGAAUGCCAGCGGUGCCGUGAAGACUGAACGAGAUGGCGGUGGUCAACAGUCUCACACAAGUUCAAGCCAAGCCUCCGUUAUCGGUGACAACCACGUCCAUUUUCACAGAGACACAUCAACUCCAACAACCAUCGACGAGGAACAACGCCGAGAGUCCGACUCGGAAGACGAACUUGGAGAAGACGAAGACGCCAACGACGGUCCCACAGACAAUUUACAUCGUCUUCUCUCGUUUCUCCGCAGAAGACGACAAAGGCGGGUGAUGUCCAUCUUCGACGGUGUAGAUGGAUUCGAUCCAAAGGCCCUGGAAGGGAUGGAAACCACAAUAGUGGAUGAGGCGUGUGAAGACGCAAAUCGAGUGUGAACCGCACAAGUAGUGUAGACUUAGAGAGAUGUUGGAAAUGCGUAAGUUACCGGGGGUGACAGAUGAACUACCGUGGGAGGCAGCUCUUUACCGCGGGAGCAAGUUCUUCCCCGAGGAAGAGUGACAGAGUGCCGUGCAUGCGCAGUGUGGCUGGGUUUGUUCAGACGUCAUGCAAACAAUAAAUGGUAAC